AUGGACUCAUUCCCCUGUGCUGUGCUCAUCUUCUCUCUGCUAAAUUCAGUCGCCAGUCAAGGUCUUGUGGUCUCAGUAGAGCCCCAGACUACUACUGUGCGCGAAGGGGAGUCAGUCAGCCUGAGGUGCCAAGUGGGGAGCGGUGCACCUCCAACCCAGCUACAGUGGAGGAAAGCCAAUAAUCAACCCUUACCAGACAAUAUUAAGAUUGGCCCCAAUGGUGUGGUGUUGACGGUUGCCAAUGCUCGACCUGCUAACCAGGGGGAGUACCAGUGUGUGGCCUCCAGCUCUGCAGGUUCCAGCACUGCCUCAGCACAGAUCAACAUCAAAUAUCCCCCCAAAGUGCGCCUGUCACCAACCGGGCCACUGAGGGUGAAAAUCGGUGACCGAGUAUCAGUGCAAUGUCGGGCCACAGGCAGACCGCGGCCCAAGAUAAGCUGGAGACGCCAAGGCUCCCCUCUGGAGCUGCCUUCUGAGGAGAUGGAUGGUGUCAACACCAUACAAUGGACUGUAGUCCGUCCUGAGGACUCAGGCGUGUAUAUUUGCCAAGCAGAGAACAAUGUGGGCAUGACAGAGGCCAAAGUGGAGGUCAUCAUGGCAGGCGGACCUGGUGCACCCAUGGCGUCAGUCAGUCAUAAAGAAAUGACAGUGGUGGAGGGUCAUUCUGUCACUAUGAAUUGUCAGGCUACUGGUUCUCCAACUCCUCUUAUCACAUGGUCCAAGCUGAGAGCCCCGUUGCCAUGGAAACACACAGUUGCCGGUGGAGUCCUGACACUGACCAGUGUGGGGCGCCAGGACUCCGGCCAAUACAUCUGUAAUGCUACCAACAUACACGGCUUCAGCGAGGCGUACACGCAAAUGGAAGUGGAGAGCCCUCCGUACGCCACCUCUCUGCCCGAGCAGGUGAAGCUACAACCCGGUGAUGCCCUUUCUCUGCGUUGUCUGGCCCACGGCUCCCAUCCUAUUCAAUUUGAAUGGAGCCGGGUGGGCAGAGGCAAUCUGCCCGCUGGAAGUCAGACCACCAAAGACGGACAGCUUGUCAUAGCUCAUGUAAAAAUGAAUGAUGGUGGAACAUAUAAGUGUGUGGCCACCAACCACAUCGGCUCCAGUGAGGCAUUGGCCAAAGUCAUUGUUAAAGCAGGUCACUGAGAUGUCUGCAGUGUUCCCGCAAGACUGAAUUCUGACAUCAAAUGGAAAGUGUCAAGCUGUUACUGUGAAUAUGGAGCUAAACUGAAACCUUUCAAUUAGUGGCUAUAUAAAAGGAUUUGGAAUAAUUUAAAAAAAAUCACUUUUCUGGCAGGGGAGAUUACAAACUUGUAUUUGUUUUUCCAGUCCCAGGUUUGUAAAGGGAUUUCAAAACACAAAUGCGAACUCUUCUCUGUAUUUUAAAAUGCAAUCUAGCUAAUUUGGUCCUCCGGCAUCUACAUGAAUCACUCAUAACUCACUCUCAGCACAAUUAGGGAAUGGAUCAUGAUCCAUAAUGUUUGUUUUUUGUUUUCUGCUUUUGGAAAGUGUUUGUUAAACAAGGAACCACAUUUGGUCAAUUUAAAAUGUGUUUAAAAUGCAUCCCCUAUGACUGUACA